ACUGAAAAUAAGAGAGUGAAUACCGAACCCUAACCCUAAAUAUUUCUAGUUAAUAACCUCUAUAUAUCAUGAUGUCAUCACUUUGGGCUAACCCAUUUUAUAACCCAGAAAUAAUGAAUGUCUGAGGUAAUUGAAAAUGAUUGAAGUAGUUCAUCAGCUGAUGAACCAUCAUACAUUUACAAAAUAAGAAAAAAUUUAUAUACACUUUGAUGUUGUGGAUAACUCGUUGUAUGGAACCAUUUGGUUUUAUUGUAGGUUUGGUAUGGUUGAUUGGUUUUCUCUAGAGCUUAAUUAUUUUUCUGACAUAUGAAGUUGGUUCGUAUUAAACAAUAACGUAACUGCAUAUUAUAAGUACACAUAAAAACUGUAUUUUAAAAGGGUUGUAAAAAAUAACAAAAAUGAUAGUAUCUCUUAUUAUCUCGACGCAUCACCUCCUCAUACCAAGCUCUUAGAUUGACCCAUAAAGUAAUUGCGCGAUCGAAUAGUAAUUACAUCACAUUUAAUAAUAGAUUGAGGGUUAAGUCCCGUUGAAAAUUGAAAGGACUCUGAAAUUUUCACAUAUUUUUUUUUCUGGAAACCCAACAACUCAUUAAAAAUCAUAAUCAAACACUUCUGAUAAUAUUAUAUGAUGAGUGGAUAACAUCCAACAGGUCGGCUAUAACAUAAUAAUAAAACCAUUGAUUGAUUAAUUUAAUACAAUACAUGUACCCAUCAAAAUGACCUAUAAUUGGCCCACCAUCUAUUGAAAAAUUGUGUUAAGCAGCUUAAUUAAUAAUAUAAUUGUAGAUUGUGGGAUCCUCUAAUUCAUAGCUUAGCUGAUGUUAUCAUUGAUGUGGUGAUUAAUUUACUAUAUAAUUAUCAUUUGUGAGCAUAGGGUCUACUUAAUAAAUUAUAUGUAAUAAUUACAACAAAAAAUUCAGUUUUUGAAUUGGUUUUGCUUAGCUCAAUGUUCUGUAGUUGAGAUUGUUUCCUAUAAAGCAACAAAAGUAGGCCAUGUUGCUUUUCCUUCGAGCAAUGAGAUCACACCUCCCUCAAGGCUUUUGUCUAGUCACCCUUCUCUUACUUACAAAUUUCUAAUAUUCUCAGAAUUGUACAAAUCCCUUCUCGAAACUCCUCUGUCUCCCAACAACUUAAAUUAUUGAUCAAACAAGUUGGAUUUUUUGUAUUAAGAAUCAAUUGAUUUCAAUAAACCGAGUUGUUAAGAGAUUUUCAAUUAUAGAUCUUAUAUCGUUUGCUGCCAAUUAUGAGAGCUAAAAUGGAGCACUUGAGGUUCUGCUUUAGGAGAUAUGACUAACACCCCCUCAAACGAGUGCCAACCCAUGCAGACUUGAAAUUUGCACAGGUCUGAAUGCCAUGUGUUUAACAUUGGGGGGUUGUCAUGAUUCGGACACAAGACCUCUCGGUCUUCGAAAACUCUGAUAUCAUGUAGAAAACCAAUCGAUCUCACUAACUCGAGUUGUUUGAAGGUAUUAAAUUAUGGAUCUUUUGUACUUAUAGCUAAGUUUUCUCAUCAAUUUUCGAAAUACGAAUAAUUCAACUUCACAGCGAAUACUCAAACAUGAGACCUAUAUAGAUCACCGUUUACUAUCAAGAAACUUACAAGCUCCUCUAAAAACUAAUUGAAUGCUAAUCCACUACAGAGAUGGUUUGUGUGCAGCUUCGUUUUCGCGAUUCGAUAUAUUAUGUCCUUUGGUUUGUUAUUAAUGAUUGGAAUCACAACCCAAGAGCAGAUUUGACUGCAUAUGAUGUGGAUUCCAUGAUUUGUCUCUGACCAAUGGUAUUGGUACACCUCUCACUUUAAUCACGAUUGAGCCCUAUACUUGAUUAUACUAAUCCCCAUCCUUUAAUUAUACUUAGAAUCGUGUUAAUGAGGUGAUGAGACGCGACGAAUUGGAGAUAUGACUGUAAAGAUUCAAUGGACCCUUGGGAAUCUUAGAGGGGCAACAUAACCCAUAAAAUAUGCCAGCAAUCCAACAACCUUGCAACAGAUUGGAUGACUCCUAAAAGCUCCCAUUAAUUAGGCAAAAUAAAUCACUUUUUGUAUGUAUAUUCUUGAAUAUUCAGAAAAUAUUUUUAAAAAAAAGUAAGGUUAGAUACAUCUAGGGUUUUUGGAUAUCAAUGUAUGGGGAUGAUCUCAUCACCUUAAUUGUCACUUUUUGAUGGCCAAAUAAAUUAAGCUUGAUUUGUUUUUUGUGUUUAAUGUGUGGUACAUAAGUGAAACCAAGAGUGGAACCUAUGAGGCAAUGGAAAAAAAACAAAUUUAGGUAAUAUGGUUGUAUAGGCACCUCUGUGAUUACUACUGGUUUAUACAAUUAGAUUUGUGUUUUUUCAUGUAAUUUCAGUUGUUAGAUAUUUUAUAAAAUGGAAUCGUAGUUGCUGUAAUUUAAUGAUCGGGAUCAGGAGACAAUCGAAUAAUGUUAGUUCGCACUUGCAGAUAGAGGUCACAUAUAGAUUACAUUCGUGGAUUGAAUUCAUGAAUUCAAGGAGCUUCUAAAUUUUGGAUAACUGUGUGUAUUUUGAAAUUUUGUUAUACUAAAAUGCCACUAUAAAAAAAAUUAGGUAGGAAAUGUAGUUUUGAGUAAUAUUUUUCUAUUAAAAAUUAAGAUUUAGAUAUCAAAUUCAUGUGACAAUGUGAUCCAAAGCUGGAAAAAGAGAAGAAAGAAAGAAGAGAAAUAACAUGUAUGGGCAAAGCACAUGCAUGGUGAAAAUUUUCUCAGCUUUUGAUAUAGAGAAUCUUUUAUGUGGGCUUGUUAGAAUAGUCAAAAGAAUUAAAAGAAAUACCAUAUUGGGAGAAGGAAAGUGCAAAUGAGUUUUAAGUUUGCUUUCCACUCUAGUUUAUUGGAUAAAGUGGUUCCUGGGUUUUUGUGUGAGCUAUUUAAUUAAUUACCGAAAUUAUUUUGAUUAAUUAAUUCUGGAUAAUUAAUUGAUUUUGACUUUUGUGAAACGACGUAACCCUUCGUAAGGGAAUUGUCGUUUUCACAAUAAAAGGCUUCUGCAGCCAUAUUUUCAUCCAACGUUCAUCUUCUUCUCCUCAUUUUCCUUCUCCAAAAACACAAACACAGAAGUCACGAAAGGUGCUGCUUUCUGACUUUGAUUGGAGGGACUCCGGGAGUGGUUUGCCUAAAUCCUACAAACAACAACGUAGUGAGGACAAAUAACACUUUAAGGAGAGUGAUCAAAAUCACGCCCGCAAUCUCUUCCUACCAUUUUCCUGAUAAUAGCUACUCCUUUGUCCAGAUUCUUUGUUCUCAAAGAGAAUAUUUCUUUCUUUCAUAAAUGAAGGCUACAUUAGGAAUCCUUUUUCCCUAAAACUGACAGCUCCUCUUGCCUCUUAUUCCAUGCCAUGCAUGGCUCCCAGCUUUUCGCAGAAAAGAAAAUGCUUUGGGAGGACAGAAUGCAGAGAAUAUCUGAAGAAAGGUAGGAGAGAGUGACAAGUACAAAAGCUAGCUAGGUGUUUGGAUGCCGAUUCUGUACUCAGACUCGUUUGCUUUUAUCAAAAUUAAAUUUAAAUUCUCGAUAUAAUGUUGUUUUCUUUUUGAACUUGAGUUGUUUUUAGUUUUUUUUAUAAGCAUGAUAUAGGUUUUAAUUUUUUGUGAUUAACGUACUAUUCAAGAGAUUCGAACAUGCGAACUAUAGGUUCUAAACCAGUGACAUUGUGAUUAAGGCCACAAGACCAAAUCCUUAUUCGUGUUUUUAGUUCUUUCUUUGGCUUGUAAAUUGUGUUGCACUAACAAUGAGCAAAAAGAGCAUGACUAAAAAGAUUCAAACACGAGACCUCUUUAGUUUAUUGAUGCAAAUCGGUUAUAAGUUUAUAUUGUGCUUACCUAGGUGCAGAAUUGCUGAUAUGUGCCCACAAGACUAGGCAGAGGAACGUGGACAAAAGUUCUGAAACUAGCAACAAUUCUUUGCCUUGUGGCACCCACCCACUCAUUUUUCUCGUUUUGUUUUUGUCUUGGAUGGGUCCUAUGUUCGUUUUGUGUUUGGGAAGGAAAGAUUCUUCUCAUCCACUCGCAGAGGGGGAAGAAAAUGGAAAAAUAACGCAAGCAAGCACUUGAUACCUCAUGUUAAAAAGAAAAUAAAAAGUAAGGAUGAUAAAAAUGGAAGGCCAGAAGUCCAGAACACAAAAAGCUUUCAUCUUUUCAGUUGAUGGUUAAAAAGCUCCCAACUUUCGCCGAGCCCUGAAAGAAAGUUUCCUCUGAAUUCACGGUUUCCUGCUCCAUCUGUUGAGAGACUUUGAUUUGCUCAUUCCGGGCUGGUGGCACUGCCAGUUCUCACGCUUCAUAAACUGAUUCCUUCUGAAAGAGAGUGAACUCUUCACUUGGCAAAGUGAGUUCUUUUUGGGUACCUUAAUUUCCCCCCUCUUCACAGCUCCUCAGCUUUUUCUCUAUGUUGCUUGAAUUGGGUUCUGGCUAGGAAAAGGAUUAGAACCCAGUGGUUUUUGUUUGAAAGUUACUUCCUUUGCCAUGCCCUGUGGCUUUUUUCAUACUGUCUUCAAGCUUUGCCUGCUGAUUUUGCCUUGUGGUGAUGGUUUCAUGCAAAAGCUCCAAUUGGGUCAUCCAGAAAGUUGUAGUUCUUCAUAAAUAGACAAGGGUUUCUAGUCUGUAUCGUUCUUAUGUGACUUGGUGGUGUCAGUACUUGAAUGAAUGGUUGGUUCUCCCUCUAAAAUGGAUCUGUGAUUGCAGUUGAACUUGAACACACCACAAACAUCACUAAUUUGAUUGAGCGAUGUUGCUGCGAAUGGGGCGUGUUGGGUAUCCGGAUAUGAGCAAUACAAAUCCAUCCUGGAAGUUCCUCUUUUUAUUUUUCAUCUUCACUGUUCUCUUGUGCUUUGGCUCAUGAUGAUGAGCUCUGAGUAGUUAACCAAUUUUCGGUUUGGUUAUAGCUUUGUUGCAAACUCUGAAGCAAAAAGGUACUGGAUAUGGAUGAUGAUUGUGCCAACUCUGCCUUUGGGAACUUCCCAUCCACCACUAGCACCAUGGAUUUGGAUUUCAUGGAGGAACUCUUUGAUGAAGGAAGUUGGAUGGGGACUCCUGAUGGAUUCACCUUCCCACAACAGCCGUACCCUCCAACGUCCAACGAUUUAUACCCCCCUUCGAAAUUCUUCCCCUCCCUUGAUCCCUUCGGUGCUCAACAAAAAAUUCACCAAGAAGCUGACUUUCAUGACGACUCCACUGCCAAAGGAGGUCAAUUUAUUGAAAUGGAUUCCAAAAACAGUUACAAUGUCGCCCCAAUCACAUAUGUAGAAGGAUGCCAGAGUCGUUCUUCGAUCAAAGAUCGAUUGGAGUAUGCUAUAAAGAAGUUGAAAGAGUACACAGAGCAUAGAGAUGUCCUCGUGCAGAUAUGGGUGCCCAUAUACCAAGGAGGCAAGCAUGUUCUUACCACCAAAGACCAGCCUUACUUCCUUCCACCCAAGUGCAGGAACCUUGCUAGCUAUAGAGAUGUCUCAAAAGAAUAUCACUUUGGAGCUGAGGUGGAUUCCAAGGAGUUGGUUGGACUACCAGGUCGAGUUUUCUUGGGGAAGUUGCCAGAGUGGACACCAGAUGUUCGGUACUUCAAGACCGAGGAGUACCCACGAAGAAAAUAUGCCACUCAAUAUAGCAUCUGUGGCUCUCUUGCAUUUCCUGUUUUUGAGCGUAGCAGUGGGAGUUGCUUGGGGGUUGUUGAGGUUAUAACAACAACCCGAGAUAUCAAGUACCGCCCUGAACUAGAGAAUGUCUGCAAAGCUCUUGAGGCUGUUGAUUUAAGCAGUUCAAACGACUUUGUCCCUCCUAGUGUAAAGGGUUGUAAGGAGUUCUGUCAAGCCGCAGUUCCUGAACUGCAAGACAUCUUGGCAUCUGUCUGCAAAACUCACAAGCUACCUCUAGCUCUAACAUGGGCCCCAUGUUUUAGGCAGGGAAAAGGUGGAUGCCGCCAUUUCAACGAGAGCUAUGCUCACUACAUCUCCUCCGUGGACAAAGCCUGCUCCGUGGCCGACACCGAAUUCCUCGGGUUCCUUGCUGCUUGCUCCGAGCAGUACCUUUUCCUCGGCCAAGGAAUCGUUGGCAAAGCAUUCACAACGAACAAACAAUGCUUCGCAAAUGAUGUCACGGCAUUCAGCAAGUCAACCUAUCCCCUUUCUCACCAGGCCAUGGUAUUCGGCUUAAACGCUGCUGUGGCAAUCCCACUACAGAGUCAAAUUGGUGGUCCAGCCGAUUUCGUGCUAGAGUUCUUCUUGCCAAAGGAUUGCCAAGAGAGAAAGAAGCUUCGAGACUUGCUUCCCCUGACUGUUCAGCAGGCUUCUCGUAGCUUACGUGUUGUAAUGGAGAAAGAGGUAGAAGAAGAGAUGGACCAGCAAGCUUCAGUUCCAGAAGAGUCUUCUUGGAUAAGCCGAUUUAUGGAGGCUCAAGGGAAAGGUGACACUUUUUCUUUCUCAAAGGAAUGUGCAAAGGAAGAACCUCAAGAGGAGUUUAAGGUAACGAGAUACUGGCAGACCAAUCAGAAAGAGAUGAACCAUAGGCCUGUCUCUAUCAAACAUCAAUCAUCGAGCAGUAUUAGAAGAACGAUCGAGAAGAGACCGACCAAAACCGAGAAGACGGUUAGCUUGGAAGUGCUGAGGCAGUACUUUGCUGGGAGCCUUAAAGAUGCUGCUAAGAGUCUUGGUGUGUGCCCCACUACUCUGAAAAGGAUAUGCAGGCGAUAUGGCAUCAACCGAUGGCCUUCUCGUAAGAUCAAGAAGGUUGGCCACACUCUGAAGAAGCUCCAACUUGUAAUCGACUCGGUGCAAGGUGCAGAAGGCUCCAUUCAAAUCGGUUCCUUCUACACUGCUUUCCCCGACUUGACAUCUCCGAAGGAACCCGAUAGCAGCAUGCUCUACAAUGUAACAGCAGCAGCAACCGCUUCGAAAUCAGCAUCCACGUCCAGCAGCCAAAGCUCAGGUUGUAGUUCAUGCCAGCAAAAUGCAUUUUUUCUAACCGAAGACCCAACCAGUUUGCUCAAGAGAACACACAGCGAUGCAGAAUUGCUUGUAUUGAACCGUCACGAGGAACCAACACGGCAGCACCAUCUUUCCCGAUCACAGAGCCACAGGAUGCUGGCAGACUGUCCUAAACCCGGUUGCAGGAGGUUGAGAGAAGGGAAUGCUUUCCGUGUUAAGGCCUCUUUCGGAGAAGACACGAUCCGCUUCAGCUUGCCAUCCAGCUGGGGGUUCAUGGAGUUGCAGCAAGAGCUUCUGUCCCGGUUCAAUGUCGAUACAACCUGCAGAAUCGAUCUCAAGUACUUGGACGACGAUCACGAGUGGGUGCUUCUCACGUGUGAUGCGGAUCUUGAGGAGUGCAAAGACGUUUACAUGUCAGAACAGCGGCACACCAUCAAGCUUUCGGUCCAUCGUUCGGUGCUAAGAGCUGGGACAGCAAGUUCAAUACAACAAUGAACGAGCAGUUUUUUUCUUCUAGUGAUUAGAGAUAUAGUUUUGGCUACUGUUUCUUUUAGCAUGUGUUUGUGUAUGCAAUAGUUGUACAGAUCUACCCAUCAUGUGAAAAUGCAAAGGUGGGAGAUCAAUUUUACUGGGGGGAAUGUUUGUAGUUCUGAUAAAACUGCAACUGGGAUCUUGUUUUAUAGAUCACUGGCAAUAAUCCAUAGUGGAGAUGUAUAACAGUAGAACAACAACCACUGGUUGUUGCAUCAUCAUAUGUGUACCAGGUUUGUAUAUUAGUAAAAAACUGGUAAUCUUUGCAGUAAAAACUCGAUCUUGAAAUGAAGCAGAAGAAAAUGAGAAGUGGGAAGCAAGGAAAACAUGGGCUUAAGAAAGUAUGGGAGUCGGUUAAGUUUAUAGUAAACCACAUGCUUACGAUCUCAGCGGGCCGAUGGUUAAAGUGGGCCUCACUUGCCAACUUGAGAAUGGUUCAGUUGGGCUGAAGAAAGCCUAAAAUCCUAACACGGGCCGACCAAGCCAAACUUUUUCUAAACAAAGUAACAAACACACCCGGGAAGCAAUGUGUGUAUUGUAGAAUCCAUGUAAUUGUAAAUUUCAUCAACAAACCUAAAAUACUUGUUGGUUAACGGUCUGUCUUUACCAAAAGGGUUGGUUAGGAGAAAUGGUUAAAUACUGUUAUAACAAACAUUAAUCGGAUUGUGAAGUCUGUAUAUAUAUUCGUCAUGCUAGCAUAUUCUUGCUCACCUAAACGUCGUAUUUCAGAGAUUUUUCUUGUCUUCUGUUUUUUAAUUUUUGUAUGGUUCUGCCUACAUUUUCCCAAGUGAGUAGUGAGAUUCGAUAUAAAAUGUCUACAUAUUAAGAUCCUUUUUGUAACGUAUCUCUAGACACAAAUUCAUCAAUUCAGGAAACACAUGCCACCACUCAUUCUCAGUCCUUUUUCUCAACUUUGUGAGCCAAUCGACAACAAGGAAGAAAAAACCGAGUAGACAUGGAAAAACUCCUAAACAUUCCUUCAAUUUUUUCUUAUAAAAAAUAAGUUUUAUACGAAUUAACUUGUUUCUAACCAGACCAAUCAAUCGUUUGCGACCUUAGAUACGAUUUAGAUUUCAAAUCUUUUCACCUUUUGUAGAGGUUGGGGAGGGGGGUCCUACCUCUUUUUUCUUGGACUAAUUAAGCUGGUUUAGUGUGUGAUUAGUAGGUGCAUUUAUUGGUGGUCAUUUCAGAAAAUUGUCAGGUUAUAUAUGUCAAUGGGGUGAGUAAAAUAGUUUGAAAAAAUGAGCAAAACAAAUGCAUUUCAUUUGUCAAAUUCCAACAUUUUUCUCAGAAACAGAAAUUUUGUACGGUUGAUAGCAAUAGCAUAACAAACGAAUCUUUGUGUCAAUAUCCAGCUCCCUUUAAUCUUCACUACCCCUUGCUUUCACCUUUUGUAUCGUCGAGUAAGUAUGAUGAUAUGAAUAUUUAAUAAAUAUAUAUAUAAAAAUGAAUUACGCGAAUUAACGACUUUGUUGUUAGAUUUUGUAUUUGGCACGUAUCCAUGAUUGAUAAGCAUCACACAUCUUUGCAAGGAGGAGUUAGAAUAUUAAUUUCCUCCUCAUGAGGUUUGUUGCAAAACGUUCUGAAUUUAAGAAUGCUCAAGCUAGUUGCGGUGAGGAGUUAGCUAGAAUCUUAAUUUCCUCCUCGUGAGGUUUGUUGCAAACCGUUCUGAAUUUGAGAAUGCUCUAACAAUUGUUUUGUUCAUUGUUAUACAACUAAAGGUUAAUUGAGAUGGUUUUGAUACAAAUAUAACUAUCAAAAUGACGAUUAUGAUCAUAUUGCUGUGCAACCAAAAUUAAGGGUGUAUAUGCUCUUAGAACAAAUUCAAUAAAAUAAAACAAAAGGCUAGGGCAUCCUUGUUCUUUAUGUAUGACUUGACAAUCAAAAUUGGUUUGCGUGUAUAGGGUAAUACCCUAUAGCUUUGACAAAAAGGAAGAAAAGUUACCAACUAAUUAUCCAUCAUCUUAACUAGUUUAAUCAAAGUUUAGAGGAGAAAAAUGGAUUAGUUAAAUAUCAAACAAACUUAGAGAAGCUUAAGUGUGUGGGAAAUGAGGAUUAAGGACAAAAAGAGGGCAUCACGUUGGGGGCCAAAGGCAUGGAAGAAAGAUUAAUUAAAGCUAACUAAGUGGUCCAACAAAAUUAAAUAAUUAAAAGCAUGCAAAUCCCAAAUGAUCACUAACUAAUAAUCUCACUCUCAUUGUUAAAAAAAAUCUCACUCCUACACAUGCUAACCAUAUACUUAAUGCAUAGUCCUUUAUAAUUAACACUUUUAGGUGGUAAUUAGUUAAGCUAUACUAUGGCUAAGCCUCCUUUACUAGUUAGCUUCCAUUUAGCUACAUAACUCUUGGAUGUAAAGGCAGAGAGUCGCGUUUGAUUUCAUGAAAUUAUUCUAAAACUACUUAAUUUUUCAAACUAACAAAAUUUCACUCUUAAUGUUUAUCCCUUCAAAUAACCAUUCACAAUUUCAUUUUGCUCGAUUUGAAGGUUGGUCAACUGUUGCAUUGCUAAAAAUUUUAUAUCAACAUGUGUUUAGUUUGUUGACUGAAGGAAGCAACAAACUAAACAUAGUUUACAUAAACAAAUAUAUUGACGGAAACCAAUUUUUUUCCUGUCAUCAUAGAAAGUUUAAUGUUUUGCUCUAUUAAUAUGCACCAGUCUUACCCAUUGUGAUAAACUAUACUAUAUUACUCUAGAAAUUUGUGAGUAGAAUUAGGUUAUAUAAGUGAUUGUGGUUGUGAUGGUAAAUAGUUGGCAAUUAGCAUUAAAAUUUGAGGGUUCACAUUUCAUUAUUGGUAUGUUUAUACUACUAUGUUUUGUGUAUUCUCCAAAUCAAAAGGGUGCCAUUGAACCCCCUCUCAUAACUCUAGCUCCGCCCCUGCACACGAUAAACAUGAAUAAUACUUGCUAACGAAGUUGUGUCUUGGAUACUAGAUCAUGGUAUGGAUUGAGUAUUUUUCUUCUUCUUCAUAUAUGACCAAAUUAACUAAACCAAUUAACCCGAAUGUUACUAUAUGCUUUUAUCGCCUCUUUUAAUAUUUGAGAUCGUUAAUUACUAGUAUUUCAACAUAAAAUAAUAUACUCUGGUAUCAUGUCACCCGUCAGUCCUAAUAACUCGAGUUAUUACAAUAGAUCCAAUAGUGAAUCUUGUACCAUUAGUUCCUUGCAACGUUUCCUCCAUUUGAAUCUCCACAUGUACUUUCACCCCCAAAUUCCAUUUCCACUUCUUCCCCAUUCUGUCGUUAAGGUUAAUUACAUAAAUCAAAGUCCAAAGAUGCAUUAUAUUAAUUAACGCAGUGGCGGGCACCUGGAAAGUAAUUAACAGGCUUGCUUAUGUACUAAUUACGAAUAAACAUUAUAAUGUACUCAGCUGGAGGUUCUUAAUUUGAGAUUCGUGAUCUCACUAAUACCCAACUAAUCACCAAUGAACUGCUAAUCAUUCUUCCACUAGUCCAGCCAUUAAUUGACACGAAUCAAAUCUGUGGAGCUUUGGUGCAAAUCCUGACAAAUCCGUGGAAAUGAGUUGGUAAUAAUGUGGAGAGAAUUGAUCCCUUUAUUUUUUUGUUAAUCGUCACCUUUUUAAUAUUUAAAUGAGGGAAAGUGUGUUACAGGUUGAUGUAUGGAAUCGAAUCAUACUGGAAAAAAAAAUCCCGUACAGAAUUAAGGGACGUUUAAGGGUUUAAUUUUCUCAUUAGUUGGAAAUAAAUAGAGGUUUAAUCAAGUGAAAGUAUGGCGGCCGGUUUGGUUUGAGGGAACUAGCUAGGUUUCAUGAUUAAGCAUGAGAUGGGUGGUUAUAGUUUCCUGAUGGCCUUGGGAGUUUUUAGGACAUUGUUUAGGUCGAUGAUGGUGUUGAUAAGAUUUGAAUCAGAUUAUCUGUCGUUAUUAUCUGGAAGUUAUGGGAAUUCGUUGUAUAGUGAAACUGAUGUGGUUUUUGUAGCUUUAUUAUUUACCAGAUUGGAUUAGGGUUAGGUCGUAUGCACUUUGAAGAAUUACUAUAAAUACUUUUCAUAUUUCUCUGUAAUCUGUAUCUUCUCAAUUAUAGUGAAAUUGUCUCUCUCAUGCCCAUGAAUUAGCUAACACACAUUGUGUUAGUGAAUCACGUAAAUUAUUUGUGUGUUCUUUACUUUCUUGCAUUGCCCAUUACCCAAUCCGUUCUAACAAUUGGUUUGUUGAAAUGAGCAUAUUGCUAACAAUAUGUAUUUGCAGUACCGAAAUUUUUAUAUGGGAGGAUUCAUCGAACGAUAGAAUGUGAGGCUAGGGUUAUGAGAAAAUGGAAGAAUUAGAGCUUGUUCUAAAUGGAAAUUCUGAAAAUGAGAAAUCGAGCUCUAACAAUUUCACAACGAUCUUCAUUAUGAUAGAUGUGUAAUCUUUGGAAUUUGAAAAGCUCAAUAUUUCUAAAAGCGCUCAUGUACAUUAUAUGCGAUGCCUAGUUUUGCUCAUCAUAAAUUCUCUAUCCAAACAAGGUUUUAAUUUGUUUGUGCGAUAAUAAUGGGAAUAUUCCUAAAUGCUAGUUGAUUGCUUCAUCAUUGCACUACUUGCUUUUUAUAAGAAAAUACGUCUCCAUAAAAUAAUAACCGGAUCCUCCUCAGGAGAAAAAAGCAACUACGCCGGCGACGAUCUUGCCGAUUAAUGCUUGUUCGUAUUUACCCAAUUGGACGCCGGAAUAAUUGGUCAUGUUUAGUGACAAACUAAGUGGUUAUUUAAAUUUUAAUGUAUGUCACCAUAAGAAAACAAAACAAAAAAGCUAGUGCAUUCAUCCCUAAUAAAAAUUAUGGAGAAAUUUCAAAGUAGCCACCAAAAUGUAAAUAUGUUCAAAUUGACUAUUAGAUAUUGAAAUAGGUAACCCAACAAUUACAACCAAUACAGUGAUGGAGCCAGAUGUGUGAAUAAGAAUAGCUUAUUUGAAAUGUUGUAAUUGUGGAGGUCGGAGGGGCUAAAACCUUACCGAAUACUCUAUUUCUUAAAUUUGUUACGAAUUUUGCAUCUAAUUUUUACCUAUAUUCAAAAUUGAGAGAGGGUUAUAGUCCCUCGCUUUAACCUAACUCCACCACUGAACCUGUACAUUUUUAUCAUAUUUUUUAUGUUAACAUAUCUACACCUUAUGUUAUGUAUGGAUCUAGCUUGACCGUGGCUUCCUUCUGUUCCUUCCUACCUCGUUGCUCAAUGCUUGAUUAACUAAAGAUUGUAAAAUCAUAGUAGAGAUUAUAUUAGAAGUAGGAUAUUUUGUGCUCAAUCAUAAUUCAAUAAUUAAUAUUGCUAAAAAUCACUUAUCAAUUUAACCUUCAAUAAUUCCAGUCAGACCUCGUACAUGGUUUCACAAAACCGUGGUAAACUUUUCCACCAUUUCUACUCAUUAUUCAUUCCAACUUUUAUUUGCCCUUCAAAAAAUAUUUUUCCGCCACAACAUUAUUUCAGGAGGUUAUGGAAGUAAGAAUAUUAAAUUUGGUGCAAUUAUUUGUGAUGAGUACUCUAGGUCACUCAGGAUACCAUAGUUUGGUAUAUAUAUAUGUUGACUCAAUUAGCUAGCAUUUUGCGCUUUAUUUACUUUUACUUUUACUAAUUAAUCAUGACAAUGACA